UUUUUAGCUCAAGUAAGUAAAGACAAAUUUCCUUGUGUGUGUGCGGGUGUACGUGUAUAUGUGUCUGUAUGUCGAGCAUGCUGGUCAAGUGUCAGCUCUUGUUGAAAUAUUGACAAGUCAAAUAACGACCAUUUUCGGUUUCAGUGGAAACCAUAGAACAGACUUGUGAAUCAGAAAAGGUGUUAACCGUGUGUGCGGAUCUUUUUUGUCACCGUCGCAGAUAUGUCCGAUUCAGAAGGUGAAAACAUGACUGUCUAUCAUUAUACUGAUAUGGAGUCUGCUAGAAAAAUAAAAAGUUCUGCGACAAUUAAACAGUCAACUAGCCAGAAUGCAAAGGACGAUGUGACCUAUGGUGAAGGAACAUACUUUACUGACAAGCCACCAACAGAUGGCCGCCAUUCAAUUGCAAAAAAUAACUACGACGGCGGCCCAAAGUAUCCGAAGGUGAAAAUCGAUGAGGGAAAACUUGAUGCCGUUGUCCAAGUUACCAUGAGCAAGGAUAAGCUUCACGACCACAGUUCUGAUGGAAGACGCGUGCAAAGGUACCCCGGUGACCUGGAUCUGAAAGGACCAGACGUAAAAGAUUAUAAAAUUUUCAAGAAUAAAUCAGGAAAAUAAUACUACUAUAAGAAAAAUUGAUGAACUCUAUAUAAACAGGUGUUUGAUGAUAAUGUUUAACGAAAAUAUAUAUUUCAUACAAGACAAAAUAACAAAAGCAAUACAAGUGGUAAGCUAUUUUUAUCGCAUAACAAGAUACUAGUCUCAUACUGUUGAGUGUUUGCUAUAACUUUAACAUUCUUUGAAUUCUUUAGCUAAAUAUAUCUUUAAAGGAAAAA